AACCAGUGUGACCUUCUCACCCGGAAGUAGUUUUCUUGUCAGAAGACACCUUUCUGUCAUCUGUCUUUACCUUUUAGAUUUAAUUAAGCUCUUUUCACUCAUCAUGGCAGAAUAAAGCUUUGUGUAAUGUAUCGGAGAUAAGUAAGGCGUCUAAAUACCUAAACUGAACUACAUUUAACGGUGCUUCUUCUAUAUUGUAAUAUAAAUGUUCCAAGAUGCUAACGUUUUAGCUUUGUAGCUUGUGGUCACUGGAUGCGGGGAGCGCGUCAUUUGUUGAACGUGCGUAGGCCGUUGGCGGGGUUUACUGCAAAGUGUACACAUAUUUGGCAGAUUUUUUGCGUGUUAGCCGCAGCCGACGUUAAAGAAAAGACAUUUCUGUGUCAGUGAAAUAAACAGAGCUCUGAGCCCCCCCCCCAACCCCAUCCUGAUACAGCAUCAUCAUGAACAGGGCAUCGUGUGUGUCCAUGCGUCACCUCAGACUGGCUGUCAGACUCUGUCCCCGUCCUUCCGGUUUUGGGGCAUUUGCUUUGACCUCUGGCCCCUCCACCCUCCGUGACCCCACCCCCCCUCCCCCUGGACCCUGUGAGCGCUUUUACUGCAGCAGCGUCAAGAUGCGCUCUUAUCUUCAGUACGUGAAACGCAAGAUCAUAGCUCCGCCCACCCCUCCAUACUGUCACGUGUGCCAGGUUGGCGACCCGGUGCUGCGUUCACAUGCCGCCGCCGUCGACCCCGCGGCCAUUAAGGGUCCUGAGGUCCAGAAAGUCAUCGACACCAUGGUCAAAGUUAUGCGGAAGCUGGAAUGUGUAGGACUGAGCGCGCCUCAGGUCGGCGUCCCGCUGAGGAUCCUGGUCCUGGAGUAUCCGGAGAAGAUGCUGCAGGAGAGUCCCCCGGCGUGGAGGGAGGCCCGCGGUCUAUCCGUCCAGCCCCUCAGGGUCUUCAUCAAUCCCCAGCUGAGGGUGUUGGAUGGACGGACGCUGCUGUUUCAGGAGGCCUGUGAAAGCAUCUCUGGCUUCUCUGCUGCUGUGCCCAGAUACCUGUCAGUGGAGGUUUCAGGUCUGAACCAGAACGGCGAGGCGGUUUCGUGGAAGGCCAGUGGUUGGCCGGCUCGGAUCGUCCAGCAUGAGAUGGACCACUUGGACGGGGUUCUUUACAUCGACCGAAUGGACUCAAAGACCUUCAUCAACAUCAACUGGCAGAAACAGAAUGAGUAAAAACCAAUGAAGCGACUGUUUCCAUUUGAAUGAUGUGGAGUUCAUUUUCUAAACCUUGAACAGCUGGUCUUUGUUCCGUGGUUUGGAGACACUACCGAACUAAAACCAGGAAAAUACAGAAAUAAAUGAACAUUUUAGUAGAACUGA